AAAAAAUCAAAGCCGAUAAUUCUUUCCUUUCCUUUGUUAAACGAAGUAUUUGUUCCCUCUUUCUGACCACAUCUUCCGGUCUUUCCCAGUCACUAGCGCUAUCCUUUUUUAAACCAACCUCUUUGGGAUGGCACUGGGCAACGCCUCGCUGGGUCCUUCCGUUCCGUAUUCGUUCCCUGCUGCAUCGUUGUGCACCCAAUGCUUUUUACAGUCCCCUCGCCUUUCCCUUCGUGCUUCAGCAGCUCUCACCGAGAAAGCCCGGUUCGUUGCUCGGCGUAAGGAGUCCAUUUCCGUUAGGCAACUUGAACGUCCACUAAUUGAGUACAUGCGGUUGCCGGCUAGUCAGUAUUCUGUGUUAGACGCGGAGAGGAUUGAACGCGUGAAUGAUAACACCUUCAGGUGUUACGUUUACGGGUUUAAGUUCUUCAACUUUGAGGUUAUUCCGGUUUUGCUUGUUAAGGUGGAAGAACAACCUGAUGGUUGUUGCAUCAAGCUCUUGUCCUGCAAGCUGGAGGGCUCGCCCAUGGUGGCUUCUCAGAAUGACAAGUUUGAUGAGCCUAGCGAGAAAACUCAUUGUGUACUAAAAGGAUCCAUUCUCUUUUUGUCGGAUCUGGCCCAAUCUCUUUCGCCUUCCUAUUGCCCUUCGCAAAGCCACAAUUCAGAUUCUGAAGGUGCAGAUUUAGAGAAGGAAUCAACUAGAAUUCCAAAUCUGCAAUUGGAGUUUUUGAUUCAGGAACCAACUUAGCUGUAUGCCGGAAUGCAAUCUCUGGAUGCCGGCGGUCGUACCUGGAGGGGAACAAAACUGGUCGAGGAAGACAGUGAUAUCGACGGCGGCAGAACCACUAAGAGUAGUGGCGGUGGGCGAAGCACGACCAAUAGCGGCACCGAGAAUGGCACCGGCAAGAAGGAAAGCGGAGCAACGAAGACCAAACGGCUUCCAUUUACCUUCAUGGAGCAGCGACAGGGAAAGGCUGAGAUCUCCGAUUUCGUGGGUUCAGGUUCAGUCACGGACUUUCGAUGGUGGCUAGGCCACCACCACUCAUGGAGGCAUCGUUUCCCUGGGAUCGUGAUGCGGCGGCGACACUAGGUUGUUGGUUCGUUCAGCGGUGGGUCGCGAGCAAGGAAGAAGUGCAAGGUGGUGACUGGAGGGAAGAAGUACUGGUGGCGCCAGUAACCGUAGCCAUGCUCCAGCGGUGGUGUGGUUGGGCGGCGAGGGAGUGGCUUGUGAUAAGAGAAUGUUCUGGAAGGAAGUUGAGGGUGAAGCCACAUUAGGGUUCUGCUUUGGAAUCUUGGGCCUAACCAUAUUCAUUUUGGGCUCAAUCUCUAAUGUGCAGGUCUUAGAAGAUUUUGGUAUACCAACUUAUUUUAAGUGGACUCAGAAUUUAUUUUAAACAAUGGGAUUUUGGUAGUAAUUUUGUUUUUUUAGUAGUAGAAUAGAAAUAAAAUAGAAAAUAUUAUUUUAAAAGUAACUAUUAUUUUUAUUAUUUGUAAUAAGAAUUUAUAUUUUAAUUAGGAUUUAAUUUUUUCUACAACCUUGACAUUAAGGGGAAUGUAAUGUUAGUAAAAAUGGGUCUAUAUUCUAAUUAAAAUUUUUUAAUUAGGAGUUGAAUUUACUAUAAAUAGAAUAGUAGUAAUAGAAUGAGGUAACCAUGAAUUGAGUAAUUUGUAUCUUUCUUUCUUUAGAAUUCUAUCAAUAGAAUUAUCUCUCUCCCUCUUGAUUCUUCUUAAUUUCCCUCUGAAUGAAUAAUUUUUUCCCUAUUCUAAAUUCUCCUCCUUACACAAGAUGCGGUUGGAUGAUCUAGUGCUGAGGUAAAAUAUCGUGCUAUUGCAUUAACUUUAUGUGAACUUAUGUGGCUGAAGCAACUUCUUGAAGAAUUCCAAUUUAGAAGAAGAGUCUAUCAGUCUUGUAUGUUCAGGUCUGUGUAUUGCCUAUAAUCCAGCCUUUUCUGAGAGGACUAAACACAUCAAGGUUGACUACUAUUUUACUAGAGACAAAUGAUUCUAUUUGGAGAUAUCACCACAAGUUUUGUUAGUUCAAAUGACCAAUUGGUAGAUAUUUUAACUAUGGCUUUAAGAGGCCUCAGAGUAAGUUACUUAUAUAACAAACUUGGUAUUAUGGUCUAUAAUUCUAUAUCCUCAAGCUUGAGAAGGAGUGUUGAAAGUCAACAUGCAGUUGGUAGUUAGAACUUUAGCAUUUAUGAUAGAUAUCUCUAUAUAUACCUUGUUUUGGAUGAAAUGAAAGCAAUGAGUUUUUUCUCCUAUUUUUCUCCACAAUAACAUAGCAAGGUAGAAUGGGUUCUCUCUCUUGUGAAGCUUUUGGCUUGUAGGUACUGUUGUCCGUCUGUUUGCAAACUAAAACAUAGAAUGACUUUCAAAUA